GUGCCGGUGGGAGAUCAGCCGGCUGACAUCGAGCAUCAGAUCCGAGACAUGAUCAUGCAGUUCAUCUGCCGCGAGAGCUGCCUGAUCCUGGCUGUCACUCCGGCUAACACUGACCUGGCCAACUCUGACGCGCUCAAACUGGCCAAAGACGUCGACCCUCAGGGCCAGAGGACCAUCGGUGUGAUCACUAAACUCGACCUGAUGGAUGAAGGAACAGACGCACGAGACAUUCUGGAGAACAAGCUCCUGCCUCUGCGCCGCGGUGAGAAACCUUCGCUCCUGUCAAUGCCUUUCAGAUGCUUUCCAGUUAGACAUUUGUAGCUCAUUUAAUUAGGGAUGUCACGUAAUUAUUUUUUAAAAUUGCAUGAUGUGCUGAUUGAUUAGUUACAAAUUAAUCCCACAUCAUUGAGAAAUUUCCCCCCAAAAUAUAAUUUAAUGUCAUUAUUGUGCUGAAUGAGAAAAGCGUUUAAUAGACUUCAGGAAAGAAUAGCUUUAUAAAGAAAUAUUUCAGUUCAGCAUUGAAGAGAGAAUGAAAAUAAAUGAGUUUUUUUUUUUUUUGAAUGAAUAUUCAAGUUUGAAAUGAUUUUAAAGAAGUGAAAUGAUAUUUUGAAUAUCAAACUAAAAGUGCCAGAAGGUGGUGGCCAGUCAAUGUCUGAAUGAGUGAGUCACUGAAUCGUUCACUCAACUGAUUCGUUCAAGUGCCUGACUCGUUCGGUAACGAAUCACUGCUGUGUUGUUGAUCAGAGACGCUCAACACUUCUGCUGUGACUUUGAUUGGAACUAUUUUCAUUUGAGAUACUGAGCAAAAACAGACAA